CUGUGUUUUAAGGGGCAAAAAAUAUUUCCUGUACCAUGGUAAUCAUAUGGUGCCAACAGUUGCUAUUUAAAAAGUAAUUAAAUAAACAUGUAAUAUUUCUCUUAUUUUUUAUAAUUAAUCUGAUGCAAUGUUUUUUGCAUUUAUUUGCAUUGGUGACUACCAACAUUUUAAUUGCAGUAACAAUAAUUGUAACUUCCUAAUUGUUAUCGCCCUGUACUUACUAAAGUGCAUUUUGUAGGAGUCUGGCAAUUCUCACUUACCAAAAUAAUUGUAUGUGUAUCUGACAAGAACAUUUUUUUGCAUACUUUUAUAAGCAUUUAUUGCCUUCUUGAGAAAAAUUAUAAGAAUUUGUCGUAUUACAAGACACAAACAUUUACACUAGUAAAAGCAAAGCUAAAUUACGACUGCAUAAAACGUAUAAUAAUAUGUAUUUUUAAACUAUAUUAAUAUUUAACCUAAAAGUUUGAUGGUUAUUAAGUCAGUCUAAACUCUAAAACGGAUGUGAACAACACAGUCAGUGUUUAAACAUCUCUGUUUUAUUACUGAAAUAACACAUUUUGCAUUAGGCUGGCCUACUCAUAACACUUUUAUUUAUUUUAUCACAAAAUCAACACCAAAUGACACAUAAUGUGUUAAAAUUAAAUGAUGUGUUAAAGAGCACAAAAAAGGUGACACGUCUUUUUCUAGAGUGCAUCACACGCAUGCGUAAAAACCUAACGUAUAGCAUAAUAAUAACAACAUACUGAGAACUCUAAAACACUAAUAUUUUUGACCUUUUUCUAAUAUUAAUUAAUAAAUACAUCACAUUUACUGCGUGCACAUCCAUUUUAAGUAUUUAUUAAACAGCUUACUUUAACUUCUGAAGCUGUAUCUCCAUCUCCGCUUCAACUAUCAGAUCAUCAUCACCAUCCUCGUCUUCACCUCAGGAAGAUAAUCCCCACAUGAGGAGAUCAUCUCAGACCCCAUCUCUCCUCAUCCACAGACAGUUGUCUCCACAACUGAGCUUAUAGCAGACACGCGUGUCUCAUACUAGGGUUUUAAUACUCUUUUGGCACGCAAUGGUGACUGAUAACGCGAGUGGGAAGUUAGAACUGUCUGGCUGUGACACGCGAUCAGUCGCGGUAUGGCAAGCUACAAUCUAACCACAGACAGUUCUGUAACUCCGUUUAAUUACGAUUAUGACUCGACCGACAGCACAACUGAAUCUGACAUUGUUGAGCUAUGUGAAGCCAGCGAAAAGCAAGAGUUGACAAUCAGGGUUGUCCAGACAACAGUCUUCAUCAUCGUUUUUCUUAUUGGCAUAGUUGGAAACGGGCUGGUCAUUGCCACCUUCGCGCUGUACCGCCGUCUUCGUUUGCGUUGCAUGACCGACAUUUUCCUUUUCUACCUCGCUCUGUCUGAUAUGUUGCUCCUGUUUACUUUGCCACUGCAGACAGGCGAAACUCUGAUAGGCAGCUGGGAGUUUGGCGAGGGGCUCUGUAAGCUAAAUCGUGGCAUGUAUGCCAUUAACACUUACAGCGGCCUGCUGCUUUUGGCAUGCAUUAGUGUUGACCGCUAUUUGGUGGUGGUUCGCACCAGGGCCGUGCGAAGGGUGAAUUCUGGGGCGCUGUGCAACUGCACGCUGUCUGCGAUUGGGGUUGCACUCGCCUCAAUCGUGCUGAGCCUGCCAGACUUGCUUUUUUCAUCUGUAAGCAAAGAUAUGGGUACGAAUAACUCCUUGUGUGACAUGACUGUGUGGGAAGAUGAAGGGAGUAAAUGGAAGCUAUGGGCCCAAGUGGCAAAAAUUGCAGGGUUUUGUAUUCCCUGCGUGGCAAUGGUAGUUUGUUACGGUGCAAUAGGUCGUGUGUUGGUCCGUGCCGGCGGGAAAGGCUGGCGUAGGCAGAGAACUCUUCGUCUGAUGGCGUUGCUCGUGGUCCUGUUCCUGCUGUUUCAGUUACCGUACACCAUUGUGCUUUUAGUCAAAAUAUUCAAGACAUCACUGACCUGUGACGAAUUUACCACAUUCCAACUUGAGGAAAACAUCACGCUCAGCCUAGCCUACGUGCGUUGCUGUCUGAAUCCUCUGCUUUAUGCUCUGGUUGGUGUAAGGUUCAGAAAUGACAUUGCAAGAUUGUUCAUGGAUACCGGGUUCAUGUGCCUGUCACAUCUAACACCACCUUAUGAAAAUGGCAGCUCUGUUACGCCCUCCUCACCUGCUCCGUCCACUGUGACGCACCAGUCCUCAGUCUACCUGGCCGCUAAAACCACACCAGCGAAAGUGGCAAACAACGCCCAAACUUUCAUUUUUCCUGAUCCUGUAUCUAAAAUAAAUUCAAGUUAUUAGAGACAUAACUGCAUUUGAUAGAUUUAAAAGCAUGUUUUUAAAUAGUGUGCAAUGUACUGUAUAUAUGCUUCUUGGUAAUGUUUAAGUAGUUUUGCAUUUUUUUAUAGUAAUACAAAAAAUUUUUUUUUGAUAAUAUACUAUAUUGCUGUACAGAAUAUACCUCACUAUUGUUGUUUUUGUUUUGUGUUUUACAGCUUAACAAGACAGAUUUUUUUCUUUCAUU